ACGCGCAUUUUAAACAGGAAGUGUUUUACUUCUGUGACGGUAAAGCAACAAAAAUGGCGAGAAGAAACAUGAAGCAAACAUAACUUUUAAAAGCGUUGAUAUCACUUAAAGAUAUGUUACUCGGAUAUCUCCUUUCAACAACGGUUGGUAAUGUACUGCCGCCGUUCUCAAAGUGGAGCGUUGCUCAACACAUUGGUUCUCCUUCAAGUCCAGCUCCAAAAACAAGUUGUUACAACGAUGCCAAGAUCCGAGCUGAGUGUGGACGGCGUGAGGCGAAUGCGAACCACCAACACGCCGAACCAUGACGACCGGAGCCGGGCGGAAGUAAAGGAAGUGGCGGAGUGCAGAACCGAGCAUCAAAAUGCUACCAGACAGCCGACAGAGGAGGAGCUGCUCGUCCAUAGAGUCCAUGCAGAAGCAUGUGAGGCAAAGAAGCAGAUGUACGUUGACCCUUCCAGUGGGUACAAGGUGUUCACAGAGUAUGCCCACCUUCAGCGAGGGAAGUGCUGUGGCAGCGCAUGCAGACACUGUCCCUAUGGCCAAGUCAACGUGAAGGACCCUGCAAUGAAGAAACGGUUUAACUCUCUAUUUUAUGUGUAGAUCCACUGUGCCUGGGUAACAGGUAUGGAAGAUUGUUGUAAGAAUGUAGUGCCUCGUUGUUAUUGGAACCAUUUUUAGCAGUGUAUUGAAUGAUGAAAUACGGGUAGUGACUGUGAAAUGCCUCCCAUACAUCACAACUAUUCUGCAUUAUUUUAUUUUUGAAAAAAUGAUUUUGUUCUGUGGAAUCAUGUGUACUAUGCAAUUUAAUUGUGUUUUUUUGUUUUGAAACUUUCCUUGAAUUUCCAAUGAAAUGCAGUGAGCUUCCUUUCUUGUUCAUUUUUAUGAGCACUUUUAAUUUCAGUGGUAUUUCUCUUCUUUGAUGUAAUAAAAAAGGCUGUGGGAGUACAGGAAUGAAAACUGAAAGUGC